AGGACUAUCCCAUUCUGGGAAUCCGUUCAAUGGAGGACAGGACACAACUCUUCCAGCUGAUCCAGAUGGUCAAAACUCUUGACCUGAAGAGCCUUGAGCAUGAGACUGAUGAUGAUGUUUACAGUACUGAAUUUAUGGUGAGUCAGGCCAGGACAAAGGAUCAGUCACAGCUGUGCAGCUUGACUGUAAUACCAACAGUGCCUAUAGCUGUAAAGGAAAGAACAACCACAAGCCGGAUACUCAUCUUCAUCAAUCCGACCAUCACAUGGGAGCAAACAUCAAGCCAGACAUCUCAGGAAAUACUCCCAUCUACAACUCUCACAUCAUCUCCCCACAGUGCAUCUUGUUCCACAAACCAAAACUCAGCACUACAGCAGUGUCAUCAGAGACGUUUAACAACAAAUCAGUUCAGCACAAAGAUAGAAAAGAGAACAGCUGGAUACAACUAUGGACUUCCACGGAGUCCCACAUCUCAUCCAAAUAAAAAGCAAUCAGGUGGACAGCGGAUCAGUGUAUGCGUAAGAAAAAGACCCCAAACACACAAAGAGUGCAGGAGAGGAGAGGUAGAUGUUGUCACAACGCCGAGCAGAGAAAGCGUUAUUGUUCAUGAGAGCAAAGAGGCUGUGGAUCUGACACAGUACAUACUACAGCACAGGUUCUACUUUGACCAGGUUUUUGGGGAGGAGAGCUCCAAUGAGGAGGUGUAUCAAAGAACGACAUAUCCUCUAGUGCAGCACAUGCUGAAUGGAGGCAAGGCCACUUGCUUUGCGUAUGGCCAGACAGGCUCAGGAAAGACACACACCAUGUUGGGUUCAUCUCCCAGAAGUCCUGGGUUGUAUGCGCUGGCGGUCCGAGACAUCUUUACUCAUCUUUCCAGCACACGCAUGAACACACCUUUGCUGGUGUAUGUCAGCUUCUUUGAAAUCUAUUGUGGUCAGCUGUAUGACUUGUUGGACCACAGGAAAAGGUUAUAUGCGAGGGAAGAUGGACAGAGGAUGGUUCACAUUGCUGGGCUGCGUGACGUCAGAGUGGACUCAGUCAGCUCACUGCUGGAGGUGAUAGCACAGGGUACAGAGGAGCGCACGCAGGGGGUGAGUGGAGUAAAUCCACACUCUUCUCGUUCCCAUGCCCUGCUUCAGCUUCGGCUCAGAGAUCCAAACCAGCAAGUUGCUGGUAGAAUUUGGUUUGUGGACCUGGCAGGAAGUGAGAGGGCAUCAGAUACCAAAGAACCAGACAGACAGAGUCGUAUGGAGGGAGCUGAGAUCAAUCAGAGUCUGUUGGCGCUUAAAGAAUGUAUCCGGUCCCUUGAUCAAGAGCAGUUGCACACACCAUUCAGACAAAGCAAACUCACACAGGUUUUGAAAGACUCAUUUGUUGGAGACUCAAUGACAUGCAUGAUUGCCAACAUUUCACCUGGUCACUUUGCAACUGAACACACACUUAAUACACUGAGAUACGCUGACAGGGUGAAGGAGUUGAGAGGACAGGGGGGACUCAAAGGAGGAAGAAGAGGAAAAACAAUCCCGUCUCCCAAAUGUAGCAUUUCCAAAAGCAGCAGCACUAGUAGGGACAGCAUCCGAGGGAAAAGUCCCCCCAAGAAGCCAAAGUUCAGAAGACAAAGAGAGGCUUUUGUCCCAACAAUGUGUUCUACGAGGUUGGCCACAGGAGGCCCAAUUCUCUGCUCCACACCCAAGAACAGCAGGCAGGACGAGAAAACAAGUACAAGAGACAGAAUGGACAUAAGUUUGGAACAAAUCACACCUAUCAGAGGUUUCAUGAGAACUGGGGUAGACAGAAAGAUAGCAGGUGAAAAGGAAGGUAGAAGAAGAGACAGAUAUGUAGGAACUGACAUUGUUAGUCACUCGGUUCGUGAGCAAAAUGUCAGGGAAUCUGGAUUCUUCCACAGGGAAAGGGAAAACCAACAUAGGGCUUUGAAAAAGGAAAGAGAGGGAGAAAGAAGACUGAUAGAAGAGAAAAGAAAAAUACAAAGGAGUAGAGACUCAUCCACUGGGGCGGAAAGUGUAAAGGGAAGAGAUUUGCAAAAUGAUGAUAGAAGGGACAAAGAGAAGGAGAUGCAUCUGAGACAGUAUCACCAGCAGCUACAACAGUUUACGCCCUCUUCUGCUUCUUCAUCCAUUUCACCCUCUACAUGUCUGUCUUCAUUUUUCUCUCACCCAGCCUCUCUUUCAUCCUCUGUGGCUCUAUCAGAGUUAUCUCCCCAACACUCUCCUCAUCUCUUAUAUUCUGAACUUACAUAUCAAGGUUUGGGAGAAGUUUUAGAUAAGUAUAGGGCCAGAGUGAAUGUUAGGGCAGAUGUUAACAGAGGACAUGUGUCUCUCAUCCCCAGUGGAGAGGCCUGCCUACAAACUGAAACUUCAGUUAACACUAAAAAUACUGAUGAGGUUGGUCAUGGUAACUCAGGUGGAAGAGAUGUAAAAUCAAGUAGGGCAGAAUGGAGACCAGCAGGGAAUGAAGGAAUGAGAGGGAGAGGGUGGGCCUGGGUGGCAAUGACAGAAGCACAACAGGCAGGCAGCAUGACAGGUGUGAGACCAGCUGCUACAGUGGCACAAGUGUCUUACAACUGUGAUUCAGACCAUAGGAGAGAAGUGGGUGGGGAAGGCCAAGAGUCCUCAUAUGUCCCAGCUGAGGGAGUGUGGAGCAAUGAAGAACAUGCGAGCAAUGACAGCUUUUUUACCCACCCUGUUGUUGACUCAUCCAAUCAUCGAGCUCCAGCAGAAAGACCACUCUCCCCAGGCUGUGAACAUACCAACAACUCCCUGACCCCUAAUGAACUCUGUGAACUUCCCUUUAGAUCAAACCAAACCAGGUGCUCUUCAAACAGCCUGCAUCUACCAUCUCAAAGUCCCACUGGAGAACCAUCAAGCAGCUGUAGUGUGAAGGAUCCUUUGUUUGCUGCUGAUGCCAAAAAAAGAGGAUUGUCAAGUACUGCUUUACCUCAGGAAGAUUCUUGCAGCUACAUCAUGGACCCUCUGAGUAUCUCUUUGCUUCAAGUGGAUCAACAGGCUGCCACAACUUCGUUUCUCCAAGGGGGGUUGAAAACCAGCUCUCCCUGUCAGCUUGACAAUGAAAUUAGAGAAGGUAGUGGGAAGGAGAUGGAAAAAGAGAAUGUUGCAUGUUUGGACAUGACAAUGAGAAUUGGAGAAGAAGAUGGCCUCUCUAUUCUGGAGAUGCCACAAGCAAAGACCCACUACCCUCCUAUCUCUAACCCCAUAACAAGUACCAAUAUUGAGAAAAGACAGUACAUUUGUUGCACAAAAGAACUGAUUGGACUGGGUAUCAUGGAGCUUCCUAUCCCAGAGGCUAUGCCUGAUUCUCUCCAGGACCAAGAGAUCAAUCAGAAACCACUAACAGGCAUUUCCAUCAACGUCUUGGCCAACAAAACCUCAGCAUCCCAACUCAAACCCUCUAAAUGUGCUUUGUCCAAACAAACAUCUGUCAUUCAGCCUAUCUCAUCAUCUGUUCAGCCCUGUGGGGGCAAACGUUCGCCCAACUCACACAAUGUAAUGACAAAUGGUGUGACACAAAUACCACCAGAGUGUUCACAGCAUAUGCACAACAAACAUCCUCUUUCCAUUUCAAUAACACCGUCAGAAAGUGUCUCGGGCCAGAUGAAAACGUUGCCAAAACAGGGUCACAUGGUUCAUUUAAUCCCUUCAGACAAAUCUAACAUCUCACUACGACCAAAUGAUUGGACAAGAUCAAAGUUUGAAAGGGGCACCAGUAACCAGAAAACCAGGAACAUAAUAAAUCUGCCAACGCUGGAAGAUGUAGAUCAUGCUAAAUGGUGUGUCAUUCAGGCCCACUGGAAUCAGCUUGAAGAGAUGGAAGCCUUGUGGCAUAAGGAGGGGACCCUUCUGUGCCAGCAACCUGAUAUGGCAUUUUCAGAGUAUAUUCACAACCUGGAGGAGAUCAUGAAGAGAAAGGCUCAGUGUGUCCACAGCAUGAUAGCUCAGCUGCAGCCAUAUCUCAAGACCAUUGGUUCUCACCAGGCACAUGAUCACAACCAAGGAGUACAUGAUCAUGAUCCAACUACUUGAAUUAACCAACUAAAAAGGUUCAAAUAUUUUUCAGUGCAGCCAAUACAAAGGAAAUCCCUGUUACAAAAAGUAACGCUAUUUAUGAAGGCAAAAUAUAUAUUUUCAACGAUAUCAACGAGAACACAGUCAUGGUAUGUGUAUGCAUAAUCAUGUGUUAAUGUUUACAUGCAGGCAAUGAGUUGUUUAAUCUCUUGGUGCAGUAUUGCUGCUGAAUCAGAUGGUACAUACAAUAUAUUGUAAGACUGAGCAAUAUUUGGUAAUUUAAGAUAAAAUCUCACUUUAUGUAAUUUGUUUGUAUUUAUUGUAAUCUCUGGUUUUUGUUCGCAAUUUUAUUGUGAAGCACUUUGUGGUCUCUACUCUUGAAAGGUGCUAUAUAAACUGUACUUACUUAAUUACU